UCCAGGGAUGACUUCCUCGCUGCAGCGGCCCUGGCGGGUGCCCUGGCUACCGUGGGCCAUCCUGCUGGUCAGCACUGCGGCCGCUUCCCAAAAUCAAGAACGGCUAUGUGCAUUUAAAGAUCCAUAUCAACAAGACCUUGGGAUAGGCGAGAGUCGAAUCUCUCAUGAAAAUGGGACAAUAUUAUGCUCAAAAGGUAGCACCUGCUAUGGCCUUUGGGAAAAAUCAAAAGGGGACAUAAAUCUUGUAAAACAAGGAUGUUGGUCUCACAUUGGAGAUCCUCAAGAGUGUCACUACGAAGAAUGUGUAGUAACUACCACCCCUCCCUCAAUUCAGAAUGGAACAUACCGUUUUUGCUGCUGUAGCACAGAUUUAUGUAAUGUCAACUUUACUGAGAAUUUUCCACCUCCUGACACAACACCAAUCAGUCCACCUCAUUCAUUUAACCGAGAUGAGACAAUAAUCAUUGCUUUGGCAUCUGUCUCUGUCUUAGCUGUUUUGAUAGUUGCCUUAUGCUUCGGAUACAGAAUGUUGACAGGAGACCGUAAACAAGGUCUUCAUAGUAUGAACAUGAUGGAGGCAGCAGCGUCAGAGCCCUCUCUUGAUCUAGAUAAUCUGAAACUGCUGGAGCUGAUUGGCCGGGGUCGAUAUGGAGCAGUAUAUAAAGGUUCCUUGGAUGAACGUCCGGUAGCUGUAAAAGUAUUUUCUUUUGCAAACCGUCAGAAUUUUAUCAACGAAAAAAACAUUUACAGAGUGCCUUUGAUGGAACAUGACAACAUUGCUCGCUUUAUAGUUGGAGAUGAGAGAGUCACUGCAGAUGGACGCAUGGAGUAUUUGCUUGUGAUGGAGUAUUAUCCCAAUGGAUCUCUUUGCAAGUAUUUGAGUCUCCAUACAAGUGACUGGGUAAGCUCUUGCCGUCUGGCUCAUUCUGUGACUAGAGGACUGGCUUAUCUUCACACAGAAUUACCACGAGGAGAUCAUUAUAAGCCUGCAAUUUCCCACCGAGAUUUAAACAGCAGAAAUGUCCUGGUGAAAAAUGAUGGAACCUGUGUUAUUAGUGACUUUGGGUUGUCCAUGAGGCUGACUGGAAAUAGACUGGUGCGCCCAGGGGAAGAAGAUAAUGCAGCCAUAAGUGAGGUUGGCACAAUUAGAUAUAUGGCACCAGAAGUGCUAGAAGGAGCUGUGAAUCUGAGGGACUGUGAAUCAGCUUUGAAACAAGUAGACAUGUAUGCUCUUGGAUUAAUCUAUUGGGAGAUAUUUAUGAGAUGUACAGACCUCUUCCCAGUGCCAAGGCUCAAACUCAGUGCCUUACACACACAAGGUGAAUCUGUACCAGAAUAUCAGAUGGCUUUUCAGACAGAAGUUGGAAAUCAUCCUACUUUUGAAGAUAUGCAGGUUCUUGUAUCUAGGGAAAAACAGAGACCCAAGUUCCCAGAAGCCUGGAAAGAAAAUAGCCUGGCGGUGAGGUCACUCAAGGAGACAAUCGAAGACUGUUGGGACCAGGAUGCAGAGGCUCGUCUUACUGCGCAGUGUGCUGAGGAAAGGAUGGCUGAACUUAUGAUGAUAUGGGAAAGAAACAAAUCUGUGAGCCCAACAGUCAAUCCCAUGACUACUGCUAUGCAGAAUGAGCGCAACCUGUCACAUAAUAGGCGUGUGCCAAAAAUUGGCCCUUAUCCAGAUUAUUCUUCUUCCUCAUACAUUGAAGAUUCUAUCCAUCACACUGACAGCAUUGUGAAGAAUAUUUCCUCUGAGCACUCAAUGUCCAGCACACCUUUGACUGUAGGGGAAAAGAACCGUAAUUCAAUAAAUUAUGAACGACAGCAAGCACAAGCUCGAAUCCCCAGCCCUGAAACGAGUGUCACCAGUCUGUCCACCAACACAACAACCACAAACACCACUGGUCUCACUCCAAGUACUGGUAUGACCACUAUAUCUGAGAUGCCAUACCCAGAUGAAACAAAUCUCCAUGCCAUAAAUGUUGCACAGUCAAUUGGGCCAACCCCUGUCUGCUUACAGCUGACAGAAGAAGACUUGGAGACUAACAAGCUAGACCCAAAAGAAGUUGAUAAGAACCUCAAGGAAAGCUCUGAUGAGAAUCUGAUGGAGCAUUCUCUUAAACAGUUCAGUGGGCCAGACCCACUGAGUAGUACCAGUUCUAGCUUGCUUUACCCACUCAUAAAGCUUGCAGUAGAAGUGACUGGUCAGCAGGACUACACCCAGGCUGCAAAUGGCCAAGCAUGUUUAAUUCCUGAUGUUCCACCCACUCAGAUCUACCCUCUCCCUAAACAACAAAACCUUCCUAAGAGACCUACUAGUUUGCCUUUGAACACCAAAAAUUCAACAAAGGAGCCCCGGCUAAAAUUUGGCAGCAAGCACAAAUCUAACUUGAAACAAGUAGAAACUGGAGUUGCCAAGAUGAAUACAAUCAAUGCAGCAGAACCUCAUGUGGUGACAGUCACCAUGAAUGGAGUAGCAGGUAGAAACCACAGUGUUAACUCCCAUGCUGCCACAACCCAGUAUGCCAAUGGGGCAGUUCCAUCAGGCCAGACAGCCAACAUGGUGACACAUAGGGCCCAAGAAAUGCUGCAGAAUCAAUUUAUUAGUGAGGAUACCCGGCUGAAUAUUAAUUCCAGUCCUGAUGAGCAUGAACCUUUGCUAAGACGAGACCAACAAGCUGGCCAUGAUGAAAGUGUUCUAGAUCGUCUUGUGGACAGGAGGGAACGGCCACUAGAAGGUGGCCGAACUAAUUCCAAUAACAACAACAGUAAUCCAUGUUCAGAACAAGAUGUUCUUACACAGGUUGUUUCAAGCACAGUAACAGAUCCAGGGCCAUCAAAGCCCAGAAGAGCACAGAGGCCCAAUUCUCUGGAUCUUUCAGCCACAAAUGUCCUAGAUGGCGGCAGUAUACAGAUAGGUGAGUCAACGCAAGAUGGCAAAUCAGGAUCAGGUGAAAAGAUCAAGAAGCGUGUGAAAACUCCCUAUUCUCUUAAGCGAUGGCGCCCUUCCACCUGGGUCAUCUCCACUGAACCACUGGACUGUGAGGUCAACAACAAUGGCAGUGAUAGGGCAGUUCAUUCCAAAUCCAGCACCGCCGUUUACCUUGCAGAAGGAGGCACUGCCACAACCAUGGUGUCUAAAGAUAUAGGAAUGAAUUGUCUGUGAAAUGUUUUCAAGGUUACGGAGUGAAAUUAUUUUUUGCAUCAUUUAAACAUGCAGAAGACACUUAAAAAAAAACUGCUUUAUCCUCCUGUCAGCACCCCUUCCCACUCCUGCAACAAGGACUUGCUUUAAAUAGAUUUCAGCUAUGCAGAAAAAUUAGCUUAUGCUUCCAUAUUUUUUAAUUUUGUUUUUUUAAGUUUUGCACUUUUGUUUAGUCUCGCUAAAGUUGUAUUUGUCUGUUAUGACCACAGAAUUAUAUGUGUGUGUAUCAAAAGUGGUCUCAAAAUAUUUUUUUAAGAAAAAAAAAGCAAAAACAUUGUAUUGCUGAUAAUCAGUUUGGACCAUUUUCUAAAGGUCAUUAAAACAGAAACAAAUUAAGACAGGUUUGCCUGCAGUGGUGUCUGGUAUCCAUGUUUUAUUUCUGGGCACAAGCUAGUUUAUAUGUUGAUAUGUUCUUAAACAUAUUAUCUGUUGGACAUUCUUUUCUCUUGUAUUUUGUUUGAAUGUGCAAUAGUCUGUAGACCACAAAUAAGCUUUCUUGUAAGCGCUCUUCCUAAUGGGGCACACAUUCUUCCAUAAUAUGAACAUUUUUCUCCCCUCAUUCUUCCAUAAUCUGAAAAGUUUUCUCCCCUAUCUCCCAUGCUUUUUGUAGGUCAGUUCUGUGACAGUGAAUUUUGCACAGAAGAAAGCAGCUACCUGAUUUCUUGCUUUCUCUCUCUUUUUGGAGAAUGCAGAAACAUUGUCUGAAAGGGCUCUGUAGAAGAAACUACCAAAACCCAUUUUGAAAUGCCAUAUUCUUUUAACCUUCCAAAUCUUAAACAUAUCCUUCUGGGCAUUUUAACAAGUAUAUUUGAUUCUGGUUUUGGAAGUUCAUAAAAGAGCAGAGAACAAAAUACAAGAAAUCAAAUAUUAGCUUUUUAACUUUUAAUUUUAUUUUUGUAUAUACAUGUUCCAUAUUCAUUUAUUUAAGAAAUACAUUUUUAUCAGAAAACAUUUAGAAUUAAACUUACAUGGAAUUUUAGUAAGUAGGUGGUUAAGACAUUAUAGUUUUAUAACCUUCAUUCUCUGAAUAGGCCAUCUUUGACUCAAAGAAAAUUACAUUUUUCUUUUAUUAUAACUUCAAAAAUAAUUCAUAGUUUUGAACCUGUAGUACUUUAUUGUGUUCCCAAGCAAAGCCUAGUGACUUUAUGUGAAAAUGAUUUCCUUUACCCAUGACCUAAAACACUGUGUAGAAAAAUCAUUCAACUGGCAUGCCAAAUCUCUAUGGCAGGAAGGAAUACUGCCAAACUUACCUUUCUUGAACAGGCUGAGAUUUACCCUCUCUCUCUUUGCAAAACUGUGUAUUUCAUCCGUAGUCCUCAUUUCAUAAUUUCUCCUGAUGCUAGUUUUUCACAUAAUCUCUGUUAUGUGAGCAGAAUUUAUUAUUUAUAUUGCAUUAGAAUACACCUUUUAGUGAUAGUAAACCCUUAAAAUAAUAUUGUUUUUAAAGCUUCCUUGCUUCUUUGAUUACUUAUAUUUUUUUUCUAAAAUAACAACCUCU